AGAGGAAUUACAGCGUGAAGUAAUAAGCUUACAUGUUGGUCAAGCUGGUGUUCAAAUUGGUAAUGCAUGCUGGGAGUUAUAUUGCCUGGAACAUGGCAUUCAACCAGAUGGUAUGCUACCUUCUGAUGAAAGUUUCGCUACGGAGGAUUCCUCUUACAAUACUUUUUUCAGCGAAACUCAAACAGGUAAACAUGUGCCGCGAGCAAUAUUCAUCGACCUGGAACCUACAGUCGUGGAUGAAGUACGUACAGGGACGUAUAGAACACUAUUUCAUCCAGAACAGCUUAUUUCUGGGAAGGAAGAUGCAGCAAACAAUUACGCUAGAGGGCAUUACACGAUUGGAAAAGAACUUAUUGAUGUUUGCAUGGAUCGGAUUCGAAAAUUAACGGAGAGGUGUCGAGGCUUGCAAGGAUUCUUGUUAUUUCAUUCUUUUGGAGGUGGUACAGGUAGCGGAUUUGCAUCGUUAAUGAUGGAACAGUUAUCUGAUGAUUAUGGCAAAAAAGCUAAGCUUGAAUUUAGUAUUUAUCCUGCACCUCAAAUAAGCACAGCCAUGGUUGAGCCUUACAACUCAAUUUUAACAACACACACAACUUUAGAACAUUCUGAUUGUUCUUUUUUGGUGGACAAUGAAGCUAUUUAUGAUAUUUGUCGGAAAAAUCUUGAUAUUAAAAAUCCAACCUAUGCCAAUUUGAAUCGUCUUAUUGCUCAAAUCGUCAGUUCAAUCACAGCGUCAUUACGCUUUGAUGGAGCAUUGAAUGUUGAUCUGACAGAAUUUCAAACAAAUCUGGUACCUUAUCCACGAAUACAUUUUCCACUUGCUACUUAUGCACCAAUUAUUUCUGCCGAGAGAGCAUUCCACGAGCAAUUAUCCGUCCUGGAGAUUACUAAUAAAUGUUUUGAACCUGGCAGUCAAAUGGUCAAGUGUGAUCCACGAAACGGUAAAUAUAUGGCAUGCUGUCUACUGUAUCGCGGAGAUGUGGUACCUAAGGAUGUUAAUUCAGCUAUUGCGAUGAUCAAAACAAAACGCACUAUACAAUUUGUUGAUUGGGAAGUUUCGUGUCCAACAGGUUUUAAAGUUGGAAUUAAUUAUCAGCCACCAACCACAGUGCCAAACGGAGAUACUGCAAAACUUCAGCGUGCUGUGUGCAUGCUUUCCAAUACUACGGCUAUCGCUGAAGCUUGGGCUAGACUAGACCAUAAAUUUGACUUAAUGUACGCUAAACGAGCAUUUGUACAUUGGUACGUCGGAGAAGGAAUGGAAGAAGGAGAGUUUUCAGAAGCACGCGAAGACAUGGCUGCACUUGAAAAAGAUUACGAAGAAGUUGGUGUUGAUACUUUUGAUCCAGUUGAAAAUGAAUUUUGA